AUGUCAGAAUUGGAGUUAUACUUGGAUCUUCUGUCCCAGCCAUGCCGUUCGGUGUACCUGUUUGCUAAGGUCAACAACAUCCCAUUCCAGCACCAUGAGAUGAAACUUUUUAAAGGGGAUCAUCUAACUGAAAGAUUUAAGAAGGUGAAUCCACAGCACAAAGUACCUGUACUAAUAGAUGGAGAAUUCACACUUGUUGAGAGUACUGCAAUGUUGCGCUACCUGGCACAGAAAUAUAACACCCCUGAUCACUGGUACCCUUCUGAUGAACAAAAGCGUACCUGUGUUGAUGAAUACCUAGCUUGGGAGCAGACUAAUACACGUCCCAAUGGUUGCAGAGUCUUCUGGGAAAAGUGUAUGACUCCAGCAAUUCUGGGCCAUGAUGCUGAAUUGGAUAAACUGAACCAUGUCCUUGCUGAGUUCAUUGCUGUCAUGAAGCAUGUGGAGGAGACAUUUUUAAAGGACAGACCUUUUCUUGCUGGUGAUGAAAUCUCACUGGCAGAUCUUGUGACUAUUGUGGAGAUUAUGCAGGUAGUAGCAAGUGGGGUGCCUGUUUUUGAGCAGUGUCCAAAACUAGAAGCUUGGAAACAAAGAAUAGAGGAAGCACUGGGUCCAGAAGUCUUCAAAGAGGCACAUAAAGACAUUCUCAAUGUCAAGGAACAGCUUGAUUCUUUGUCUCCAGAAGUUAAGGAGCAACUUAAAGGAAGACUGCUUCUUUUUACAAAAGGUGGAAUGUGGCUCUGCUAAGCAAUGAAA